UUUGCCGACCCGGAGCUGCUUGGACUUGUUAGCAGCACUGCGGCUGACGGUAGCCUGUGUUUCUCUUAUCCAAAAAAAAAAAAAAGUGAAAAGGAAGGAGCAUACAGGUAUUGAGCUCCUCAAAGGACCACCGAGGAUUGAGAAGGGGAGACAUAAGCCUAUUUAUUACACAAUGACCAGGACUGGCCGUCCCAGCAAAUUCAGCCCAAGAGCAGACCAUCUGAUGCAAAAAGAAGUCUCCAAGCUCCCCAAAGUUUCAUCACAGGAUCUGCUAAUGCUGAAGCGAACAGAUAGAUUGGCUAGUUUGCAAGAAGGAAGGAAAAACCACCAAUACACAGAGGAGACAGAUUUGAGCUCCUCUACUCCCAGAAUGCAUACAUACAAAAGGACCUCUAGUCCUCGGUCUCCGACUAAUACCGGGGAGCUCUACACCCCGGCACAUGAAGAAAACGUGCGCUUUAUCCAUGACACAUGGCUGUGUGUUCUAAGAGAUGUUAAAUCACCGCAUAACAGUGAACGAGGACCCCAAGAAUAUGUGGAGAAAAACCCAAACCCAAACUUGCUUUCCUUCACCCCGGUGGACCUGAGUGAACUCAGGAGGCCAAGCACACAGGACUGCAAGAAGUCUUAGUGAAUUUCCUCUCUCCUCCUGGUCCAGCAGCUUUUUUUUUUCUCCCCACUCAUUCUCUUUGGGACCUUUUUUUAUGCCAGCAACCUUCUGUCGGCCAAAUUAGUCCAGAAAGCCUUUUCCUUCGCUGCCUCAAUGAACUCUGGUCUGGACAAAAUGGCUGAUGUAUGUUCGAGACCCAUCAUAUCCCUGAUUCUCAUCCUGAAUCUGUGCAAUUCUUAUUAACAGAUUUCAAAUUUCAGGGAAUUUGUCAUCACUUUGUUUUUCUUUUCGUUUUGUAUUCUGGAUUCUGUUUCACAUGCAUUGUUUAUUAUAAAGAUUAUAACCCGACAGAAGGAGAUGGCAGGAAGAAUUUGGCAUGUGGGGACUGAGGGAAGGACUCGCACUCUGAAAAAUAUGACGUGCUGCAGCCUUAAGCAUAGGCUCAACUUUCAAAACAUGGCACUUUCGAGGAAAGUGCCGAUAGGCUGGUUUUUUGUUUUCUUUUUUAAGUUAGUUUGAUAGAAUAAAAUAUUGGAAUAGUAAAGGCAGGCCAAAUAUUUUUUAACAGAGAUACCACAUUCUUCUUCUUUUUUAAAAGAAAAUAAAUACUCUCAAAAGAGUGACAUUACAUUUUUGUGUCUUUUAAGCCUUGAAAUUGAAAUAAAAUUGUCUUUUAUGGUAUCUCAA